AUGCGGUCGCCUCUCCGCACUUUUACCCGCAGAAGGGCACACGAGAGUGACCAGGCGCAGCAAGUCCCUGUCGAUUCUUCGGUCACGGUUCGUCUAGCCAGCCUCCCUCAAGCCUCCAGCCGCCUCCAGCCACCAGCCACCAGCCUACACAGAACGAAAGCGGACAUGGAAACAGGAGUGGAAGUGGAAGUGGAAGUGGAAGUGGACGUGUACCUGCGUGUCCGUGGAACGUACCUCCACGGAUUUAUCGAUUCCAGUGGUCAAGGUAUCCGACCUGCGAGACAGGGCAACGUCUUUACCCGUAUGGUAUUGCUUCCAGGUUCCAACGAUCGGUUGUUGUUUGCUGCUGCCCCGACGCGGCGGGCCGUUAGAAGAUUGGAACGAGAAGAUUGGAACGCUGCCCUGCUGAGGCUGCUUUGUCUCUUUGUCUCGCCCAAGCUGCAUGCCCACCACGCGCCAUCACUUAGAAAGGUGGUUCUCAAGAACAGACGACCACACGCCAACGUCGCCGCAGCCUCUCGCUCUCCCUCUAAGUCUUUGUCUCCCGUCACUUUCUUGUCUGAGCACCUGUGGCGUUUCGCGGCACAGCAGCACCAACCAGAAGUGCCUUACGUGCUACGUGGGGGCCGGAAGUCCCUCGGCAUAUCUGCCAGAAAUGUCCAAAACAGACGGUCCCGAAGAGACAGGCGCUUCGGUCCAGCAGCACCCCUCCUCAACCCCAGACGAAAGGGCGUUUUCUCUGGGUCGUUGGUGUUGCAGACUUUGGUGUUGGUGACAACCGAUGAGACGGGCAUCGUCCUGGAUGGCAUUCUGCGACCUUCUAUAGACACGGCCGGCAACCCGGAACCCCGGAUUCCCCGUGCUGGCUUGUCUACUUUCCCCCCUUCUGGUUGCGAGUUGCGACUCGACGCAGCGCAACGUAACGCAACCAGACCUUUCUUGCUCGGAGAUGGCAGAUUCACUGCAGCAAGGACGGAUAAGACACAGACCCGUCGACAAGCGGUCGACCUGUCAGGUUGA